AUGGCCGGCAGCCGCCAACAAACAAGUUUCCACUUCGUGUGCUUGCGGCAGUGGUUGGGAUUGGAUGAGCGGGGUAUCUCACGUGUGCUGGGCUGUCUGCCCACGGUGCUUGGGCCCGCCAUUGCCUACUUCCUGGUCAUCGUGUAUGAGGUAAGGAAGGCCGGCUUCAGCUUGAAUGACGUGAGCAGGGUGUCUGCAGGGACACAGAUGAUGUCCGCUGCCACCUUCUUGUGCCUGCAGCUGGAGCGAUCUUUCUUGCUAUUCUUGUUCCGACGCGUCUUUGCUGGAGGCCUCUCAGGUGAAGUUCAGAUAAAACACCCCUUCGAGCCGAACUGUCAAGUGACGGUGAAUAUCAUUUUGGUGCAUGUUGCAGCCGAGGGUGGACGCAUCGCUGCAGUGAUGCUGGCUGCGAUUCAGAACCCAAUGGAUUGGCAGGGUGCGAUCCUACCGCUAUGCCUGGGUGUCCUUCUCAAUGUUGCCUCCCGAACGCACUUGCUGGCCUAUGUAGUCAUGAAGAUGGGUGAGGGAAUGUUCCCCAGCCUUCGCGCAAUAUGUCGGCCCAGGAUUCAAAGCGCUCUGCUCCAGGAGGUCAAGGUCGUGGUUGGAAACCUGCGGUACGUCGCAAUUCUUGGAGUCCCUGCCCUAAACCCUAAAGGUCGUGAUGAGGAAUCUCUCCAAAGCCAUCUGGCCAGGGAGGGCUGGCUGCCGCCCACGUUGUUUGUGCUCGCCAUAGCUCUCGAGAUCGUUGAAGAUCUAGUGGUCAGAUCUAGUGGUCCCAUAUCUCACGCGGGUACCACUGAAUUGGCCAGAGGACGAGCAGUUCCCGAUGCGGCACCCGAAGAAGUUGUCACGGGCUGA